AUGAGGGCGUCCGCGAGCACCUCCUCCCAGGCGGCCGGCGUCGUUACUGGCCCCGACCGCGGGACUUUGUUCGACGGCGACGUCAACGGCUGUCGAUACGUCCGUGCUGUGGCUUGGGGUGCCUCUUGUCUGCAAACGUCCAGUCGUGAAAACCAGGACGGUUGGAGCGUCAACGUUCUAACCGGACAGGCCUGGCCUGGCAAACGUAAAGGCAUGAUCUUACGAAACGACAAGUUGAUCUCCUCGCUUUCCUGGAGCCACGAACACCCCACCUGCACCAUCGUCACUCACCACGGUCCUUUGGGGCACGUCCCCCUGGGGCACGUCCCCCUGGGGCACCGCCGAAUGGAUGACGACCGAAUGGACUACGAGCGAAUGGGAUGCGAGGGAAUGGGCUACGACGAAAAUGUCCAGCCAAGACCAAGUAUAGCGGCCGUCAACGCGGUCGAAGAAACCAAUCCAAAAACGGAUUACAAUGCGCCGAGCGUUGCCCCUUCCGCCAAUGUGCUUAAUGACGGCCCGACUGGGUGUCGCGACCCGGCGGGGACUCCUCCGCCUCCGCCUAUGCGUGUGUGUCCGCAUGCAGCACACUUGUUGCACACGCCUCCAUCGUUGUCCGGCGGCGACUCGGGUGGCGGGAUCAAUGAGUGCAAGAAGGUGGCCCGGGUGAGUGGGCCUGCCAGUGGGAACGUGUUGCGCAAUUUAUUGCGUGCAAGUGGUUCAAUUGCGACGCAGUGUCUUGACGGCGAAGACUUAGUGGGGAAGCCCGUGGGCAAAAUGCACCCGGCAGCGCGGGCAGUGCCAGCCGCGCAAAGACCCUCCCGGGGCCAACUUUGCGCGGAUGCGAUCACGUUCACAGUGUUGGACGGACAUGGCGUGGGUGGUCGGCAUGCAAGCGCGGCGGUAGAACGAGCGUUCCACGAAGCACACGUGCGUCUCGUCCAUGAGGUUGGUUGUGGGAAAGAGAAUGGUCACCCAGAGAACGGUCGGACAGAGAAUGGUCGCCCAGAGAACGGUCGCCCAGAGAACGGUCGGACAGAGAAUGGUCGCACAGAGAAUGGUGGGCCGGAGAACGGUGGUCCAGAGAACGGUGGUCCAGAGAACGGCCUUCCCGACAAGUCCAUGUUGGUUCCUAGGUCGGAGGGAACGGUUCCGUUUCUGCGGUUAGAGAAGCCGAUUGCGCAAUCAGCAUCUCGGUCAGGAAGUCCGCCGUUGUUGAUGACUCGUAUGAUGGAGUUAUUGAGUGGGGCGGUAGCGGAGGCACAGGCGGAGGUGGAGCGUUUGAAUGAUGAGUUGCACAAGGACUUCGGAACGACUUUAGUAUCGGUGACGUUGGUGAAUGAUGUCUUGAUCUCGAGUUCAUGUGGCGAUUCAAGUGCCUUGUUGGUGGCGUUGCCGAAGCUGGCGGGCGCAGCUCCGAUGAUCGUGGAGUUAUGCCGACGACAUCAUUUGACGGAAGAGGGCGAAAUAAGCCGAAUUAAGAAGGAGGGUAAGGGACGUAUUAUUAUCGGAGAUGGUGGAAUUUUGCGUCUUAUACCCGCGGAAAUGACCUAUACCUGCGCUAAGAAGUCGGGCCUCAGCAUUAACAUGGCGCGCUCCAUCGGUCAUGUGUUAUUCAAAGAACGAGGCCUCUCCGUCAGACCCGACUUCACCUUCCUUACCCUCGGUACACUACCCAAACUGCUAAAGGAAUCCAGAGAUAAAGUUACCCAUUCGAACUCAAAUCGAUCCAUUUAUAGACUGCCCCCCUUAGACAUUAAUGCCUGCAAAGCUCUCGCCAAUGCGUACGGAUUUAAAGCACGCACCAAUAGCAAACACGACCAGACGAAACACGGCGGAGGCAAACAGAAACCAAAACAACUACACGGCGGUAAACAAGACGGCGCCAAACACAAUGAUGCCCUACACAAUGCUCCACGCAAUGACUGUGAUGCUGAACGUAAUGACUACGAGGUUCCACGCAAUGAUUGUGAUGAUCAACACGGCGGCGCGGAGAGGAACUUGGCGACUAGUGCGCUGGCGACUUGCGCGCUGGCGACUAGUGCGCUGGCGACUAGUGCACUGGCGACUAGUGCACUGGCGACUGGUGCGCCGGCCCGGGAACAAGAAACGACGCGCGGCAGGGAGGGUCGCGGUCGGGGAACGGAACUGGACGUCGGUCGACCAGUGACGAGCGAUGGAACGCGGAGCAACGACGGCCAGCGCGGCAGCGCCGGGUACAGGGCAGCGUCUCACGAAGGCUGUCGACCACCUGGUGGAGACCCGGCGCUCUUUUGCGCACUGCCGCCCACGGCGCCUUCCACCGCCGCCGGGAGCGCAGGGAUCCGAUCCUGGUUCAGAGCUAACGGCCGCAAAUCAGCAGUAAUCCCCGCCGACCUCUUUCUCUUGCUUCUCUCUGACGGCGUAACGGAUGUAUUCAGCUCCACUUGUCUGAUCGAGAUGCUAAAGUGCGCGGCGGACAUGGAGCGGUUUGCGGCCGCAGUGACCGCUGCCGCCCGGGAUCGCCGAGUUAAGGGGGGGCAGAGACCCGAUAAUUAUCUUGUCACCAUUCAAUCGGGGAACCGGAAGGGGGACGGGUGCCCUGUUCACGGCAUGAAGAAGAAGAAGGGACCGGCUGCUGCUAUUACGUCUUACGGCACCCAACGCUCUUCCGCACUGCCACCGGCCGCAAGCAGCUUCGCCGUCCCACCGGUUGCCAUCCAGUCUGGCAACUGCCUCUCCCCAAACACUUUUGUUUCUCCCUCGGCCGUAGCCAACGGAACUGCGUUGACCCGAGGAGGGCACUCCCCGAUGGUCCGUCGGAGCCGUGGCGCGGUCAUUCCGACGGUCACACCGGUUCAAUCGGAGGGUGCAAAUUAUAAUCAGGCAGACUAUAACCAGGCCGGUACUUAUAGCCCAACCGGUAAUUAUAACCAGACGGCUAAUUACAGCCAAGUGGUUAGUCACAGCCAGCCCUUGGAGGCUAGUAGCCCAGUGGCUAAUUACAACCAAAGUGGCGCUUACAAUCAAGGGGCGAGUCACAACCAGGCCGGUAACUACGGUCAACAUACCGGCAACUAUGGUCAACAGCACGUCCCUACGGGUUAUACCCCCCAGCAGACGGGUUCUCAGGCUAUCUCCCAGCGGGACGAUUACUACGGCCAGGUCAGCGAUCACGCAGCCAGUCACAUGAGUGAUAUGCAAGUAGUGCCUCGCGGAACUCCUUCGGGCUCCCACGACUUGUAUACCCUCUCCUACCCACAUCCGGAAUUCACACCCAGCCAUGCCAAUCAUCCGCAUGGGGAUGAACCAGUUGUUGGCCGUGUAAUACGGGAAUCGCUGCCUAGUCAGAAUUCGGGACUCGUGAACAUUGCCGAUCCAUCGACCUCGGAAGGCUACACUACACUCUCCGCCGUUCGCGGAAGACCUGCCAACAAGGCCCGCACUUGCUGCUAG